GUGCUGGCUGCUCCUCUGGCUGCCGCCGCUGGCCGUGCUGCCGGCGGGCGCGGUGCGCGGCGAGGAGAACGAGGCGGCGUUGUCAGAUCUGACACCAGGAGGUUCCAAUCCUAGCUGAAUGAACCGGCAAAGACUGAGACUGCAUGAAUAAAGGACGCCUGCAGACCUGCCAGCAGCUUCACAGCCCACAGUGUCAGGGCUGGAACAGUUCCAAGAUGUAAAGCUUUGAAGGAAAUGGAUUUAAUUAAAACGUCUCAGUCAGACUGUUACUGCUACAAUCAAAAAUCCCAAGUGAAAUGGAAGUAUAUAUGGUCAACUGUGCAGGUGAAAAUUACCAGUUCAGGCCUGCUCAGCAUCGUAUAUAUCACAGAAAGAUAUAAUUGCCAGUAUCCAGAAACCAUUCUGUCUAUUAUCAAAUGUGUGAUUCAUAACUUUUGGACACCAAAGGAGUCUAAUGAUAUAACCAUAACCAUCAAUCCAUACGGGGAGACUGUGUGCUUCUCUGUGAAGCCUGCCAGGAAGAUAUUUAUCUAUACAGUAAGCGUGAAUCGAAAUAUUGUGGAUUUCAAACUCUUCCUUGUGUUUGUGGCGGGCAUUUUCCUCUUCUUUUAUGCAAAGACCUUGAGUCAGAGCCCUGUUUUCUUUUACUCUUCAGGGACUAUGCUAGGUAUUCUAAUGACAUUAGUCUUUGUCCUGUUGCUGGUGAAAAAGUUCAUUCCUAAGUAUAGCACCUUUUGGGCUCUAAUGGUUGGUUGUUGGUUUGCUUCAGUUUACGUUGUGUGGCAACUGAUGGAAGAUCUGAAGUGGCUGUGGUGUGAAAACAGAAUAUAUAUAUUAGGCUACGUCUUGGUAGUUGGGUGUGUCAGCUUUACCAUUUGUUACAAACAUGGGCCCCUCGUGGAGGAGAGGAGCAGGACCCUCCUGGCGUGGACGCUGCAGCUCCUCUCCCUACUCCUGGUCUAUGCCGGCGUGGCCAUUCCUCAGGUCGCCUGUGCGGUGAUGCUCCUCGUCCUGUCAUCCAAGGUCCUGCACUUCCCACUGCGAGCGCUCGCUUACGUGAGAUGGAAAAUGAAGAAAUGGUUUACAUCAGAAAAGCUGGUGGUUAAGUUUCUUACUGAAGACGAGUACAGGGAACAAGCCGAUGCUGCGACGACCCGCGCCCUGGAGGACCUGCGCCAGGCCUGCUGCAGCCCCGGCUUCCCGUCCUGGCUGGCCGUCUCCAGGCUCCGGGCGCCUAAAACGUUUGCAGACUUUGUUCUUGGAGGAAGCCACUUGUCACCUGAAGAAAUUAGGCUGCAUGAAGAACAAUAUGGCCUUGCGGGUGCCUUCUUGGAAGAGCAGCUCUUUAACCUGAGGACUCCUGACAGUCUACCUGCACACUGACUUCAUUCUGGACAAGGAAGUGGGGAAGGGCAGGGAUCCUAUUAAAGGUGGGCAGAGCUGUGCUGGGGAACAGUGGCAAAAGCAUUCACGAUGGAGAAAAAUCAAGUCACACUGGAAAGGAGAACUAAACUGUAUUGAAGAUAACUGAUCCUUCUUGGACAGUUCUGUGUAUUGUACUGUAGGUGGCCACCAAGAUUCUGUGACAGUCAUUACCACUAUCCUUGAAUGAAGACUUUCAUUAGGAACAAAGGGAUCGUGUUGAUCUUCAAGGGGCCAAUUAAUGUGAAUAGGUGCCUUGUCAACUGCAGGGCAUUAAAUCCUCUCUUAAUCCCCAGAACCUGUGUCAAAAGACUCUGCAUUGCUCUUCCUGCGUGUUAUCAGUGUAAGUGCUGGAAGAGACCUGAGCUACACUGGACCAGUAUCUUCCAAAGUGUAGUCCACAGGAUGCUAAUAAGUGUUAGUAGGUAAAGGAAUCCUGAGGUCAACUAAGAUGGAUGCAUGAUUAAACAAACGUACUGCAGGACUUCUCAGAGCCUUUAAUAAUGCUAAUGCACAUUGUGAACCUCCUAAAGAGGAGAAAUUGUGUGCAGCAUUCUCCAGCUUAAUUUGACAACAGAACCCUUUUUCAUGAGAUUUAAUAUUCCUUGGAACACAUGUUUGGAAAACGCUGAUGGUGGAGGAAUGGAGGUUUCAGAAGGUUAAAUAACUUGUCCAAGACCACAGGGCUUUUUAGAGGCAGCCCUGGGACUAGAACUCCAGCCCUACUGUUUCCAAUGACUCAGGUAGAAGAAGAGACUUUUAGAAAUGAGGCGCCUUGGGUCUCACAAUAUUCAUGACUUAGUUUUUAUUUUUUAAUAAUAGCCAACUAACUGUUUGAUAACUGUGAUAAAGAGAAACAUUUCCUAAGGUUAUAUUUUAAAGUUUUAAUAAGACUUUUAUAGACAUAUAUAAAGAUUAGAAUUUAGAAUUACUUUUUACAUUUUUUUGUUUGUUGGAAUUGAAGGCAUUUAACCUCAAGUCGACUGGUCUAUUUUAUUUUAUUUUAUUUUAUUUAUUUUUUUUUUACUCCUUAAAUUCAGGUCUCAAUAGUGUUCACACCUGAAUUUCUACAACAGUUCUUUUUUUUUUUGGCUGCAUUGGGUCUUUCAUUGCUACACGCGGGCUUUCUCUAGUUGCGGCGAGCGCCGGCUACUCUUCGUUGCAGUGCACGGGCUUCUCAUUGCAGUGGCUUCUCUUGUUGCAGAGCACGGGCUCUAGGCUCGCGGGCUUCAGUGGUUGUGGCACACGGGCUCAGUAGUUGUGGCUCGCGGGCUCUAGAGCACAGGCUCAGUAGUUGUGGCGCACAGGCUUAGUUGCUCUGUGGCAUGUGGGAUCUUCCCGGAUCAGGGCUCGAACUCAUGUCCCCUACAUUGGGAGGCGGAUUCUUAACCACUGCGCCACCAGGGAAGCCCCUCGACUGGCCUAUUUUAAAAAAUUGUUUAGUUAUACGUGUUUAUAACAAUUUCCUACAAAACAGAUUUGUGAUCUUUCUUAUAGAGAACAAAUCAUUUUUCUUCUUGUGGUUCAUGAUUUUAGACUCCAGAGUGAAAUGAGGGACUAACCAUGAGCUUUGACCCUGAGGAAAAGAGGCCAAAACAUUGGUCUGAGAAAAGAUCUGAACAUGGCAAAACAAUCCAAGGGUUAAGAUGUUGCUAACUUCUCUUUAAGAAUCAAACACAGGUUCUUUUGCUGUGGUGGGGCCAUAAAGAGUAGCAGCAUAAAGAAUGAGGAAUCUCCCUUUUCUAGAAGGGUUAUGGAGGAGGGACACACAGAUCAUUUGGGCACUGCUUUACGGAAGCAAAUUUAGUAUAGCGUUUUUCUAAAUCGUUGAAUAAGAGUGUGGCUGCCUGUUUGGAAUUCUUUAGAUUGAUUUCCAAAUGAUAUUUUCUCUUUGAAGCAGUGUGUCAGUGUUCUACGGGUCUCUAUUUUUGCCAGACACCUUUUAAUAUCAGGAGCUUUGCUAUUUUUGUGAAAUACGCUAAAUUUAAUCUGUGCUUUCACAUAGACUUUGAUAUAAAAAAAUCAAAGUAUCUUCCAUUCAGAUUUAUGAAGAUGAUGACUUUUAUAAGUGUAAACAGUUGUAAUAGCGUUUUUGUUACAGUUUAAUCUGAUUUUUAUUUUUUUGUAAUUCUGUUUAUUGGUGCUAUAUUAUAAACGUAUCAGAUGUGUUUGUGGUUGUGCUCACCAAGAGGUGGUGUGUGUGCUACAAAAUGUGUGUGUGCAUAAAGUGUGCAGUCUGCUGGAGUUCCCAGGGGACAUCCCAGCCAAGACAGCCACUGGGCCUCACCUGCGCCAGGGUGAACAGGUGCCGAGAGUAGAAGAAAGCAGUUCCUGGUGGGCCAACAAGCUAGGUGUAGCUAUUUUUAUUGUGAUUUUUAUUGCAAUAAAAAUAGCUAAAGGAAGAGAAAAAGAGCAACAGGAGGCUUUGGGGAUAUUGUUUUUCAUGUUUACUUUUAGAGGAAACCAUGGAUUUGUCAGUUUCUGUUACGUGAGUACUGUGAGAAGCUAAAUAAUUAAAAGCAUUGCUUGCGAUAUAUUGGGUGUAUUUCUGUUGUGUUUAUUUGAAUUGGGGUUCGUUGUAGUGCUGAUCAUAGGUCUAGUCCCCGUCAAGCAGUGUGUAUGACAGCUCCUCUAAAAGAUCUUUUUUCUCUCCUUCCCUUCUUCCCUUCCCCUGUCUGUCUAUCCGUCUGUCUCUCUCUCCCCCCACCCCACUCCCUCUCUCCUCUUUUUCUUCAUUUAAAGGCCUUUAAACAAUUUAAAUGAUCAUUCAGUAAAAUGGUUAUACCCUUCACAGGUUGUUGACAGUUGGUUCUGUGCCUCAUGCCACCCUAGGUGUGCAGUUGUGGAGCACAACAGAACCUUUGUUGUGUUAGUGCGCCCACGAGGUGCCUCACAGAAGCUCACUGUUGUUAGCAAGUUGGACUGUUUGACCCCAAAACAUAUGAGUGAGAUGUAGUGUAGGUCGCCAUGCUUAAACAGUCAUAUUCAAUGUUAUUUUUUUUUUUAAGUAUUUAUUUAUUUAUUUAUGGCUGUGUUGGGUCUUCGUUUCUGUGUGAGGGCUUUCUCUAGUUGUGGCAAGCGGGGGCCACUCUUCAUCGUGGCGCGUGGGCCUCUCACUAUCGCGGCCUCUCUUGUUGCGGAGCACAGGCUCCAGACGCGCAGGCUCAGUAAUUGCGGCUCACGGGCCCAGCCGCUCCACAGCACGUGGGAUCUUCCCAGACCAGGGCUCGAACCCGUGUCCCCUGCAUUGGCAGGCAGAUUCUCAACCACUGCGCCACCAGGGAAGCCCCAAUGUUAUUUUUUAAAGGUUUUUAAAAAAUAUUAUUUUUGGCCACGUCAGGUCUUAGUUGUGGCACGCGGGAUCUUUCAUUGCAGUGCGCCGGCUUCUCUCUAGUUGUGGCGCACAUGCUCAGUAGUUGUGGUGCACAGGCUUAGUUGCCCCGCAUCAUGUGGGAUCUUAGUUCCACGACCAGGGAUCGAACCCACGUCCCCUGCUUUGGAAGGCAGAUUCUUAACCAGUGGACCACCAGGGAAGUCCCUAUUUUUUAAAGGUUUUAAAACACAUUUUACAUAUCACAAAAAAUGCUUUGUCAAUUAGUUGUAUAGUUUGCCAAUAAUACUUAGAGCUGAAUUACAGGGGAGUGUCCAUCUGACAUUUAGGACAAUACUUGAAUUUAUGACUUUUUAAAUCUAGAAAUUUAUGAGAUUUUAGAUAUUAAGAGGUUUGGAAUAGUUGACAUCGAAACAUGUGGAAGAAUUAAGACCUCCAGAAUGAUGUCAAGAAAAGAAAAAGGAUCUUAUAUUAUUCUGUAUGUGAUUAUUCCCCAGAGUUAGAGAAGUACAAUAUUUAAAUCACCUUUUUCUUUUGUCCAACUGAAAGAAGGAUCCUAUGCAUAGAUAACAUAAUAGAUGCGGAAUUUUGAAGAUCCCCCACAGUGAGACAGGUAUUUUUAUCUGACCCGGGAGCCAGCUCUUUUCUGUAUAUUUUGGAUAUUAACCCCUUGUUGGUCGCAUCAUUUGCAAAUAUUUUCUCCCAUUCCAUUUUUCUUUCCCCCAUGGGUUGUCUUUUCAUUUUGUUGAUGGUUUCUUUGCUGUGCAAAAACUUUUACGUUUGAUCAGGUCCCAUUAGUUUACUUUUGCUUUUAUUUUUUUGGCCUUGGGAGACUGAUCCAAGAAAAUAUUACUAUGAUUUAUGACAAAGAGUGUUUCACCUGUGUUCUUUUCUAGGAGUUUUAAUGGUUUCAUGUCUUACAUUUAGGUCUUUUAACCAUUUUGAGUUUAUUUUUGUAUAUGGUGUGAGGCAAUGUUCUAAUCUCAUUGUUUUACAUGUGGCUGUCCAGCUUUCCCAGCACUAUUUGUUGGAGAGACUGUCUUUUCUCCACUGAAUAUUCUUGCCUCCUUUGUCACAGAUUAAUUGACCAUAGGUGUGUGGGUUUAUUUGUGGGGUCUCUACUCUGUUCUGUUGAUCUAUGUGUUUGUUUUUGUGCCAAUACCAUGCUGUUUUGAUUACUGUAGCUUUGUAGUAUAGUCUGAAGUCUGGGAGGGUUACACCUCCAGCAUUGUUCUUUGUUCUCAGGAUUGCUUUGGCAAUUCGGGGUCCUUUGUGGUUCCACAUAAAUUUUUGGAUUAUUUGUUCUGGUUCUGUGGAAAAUGUCCUGGUGUUCUGAUAGGGAUUGCAUUAAGUCAGUAGAUUGCUUUGGGUAGUACGGCCAUUUUAAUAAUAAUGAUUCUUCCAAUCUAAAAGCAUGGGAUAUCUUUCCAUUUCUUUGAAUCUUCAUUUUCCUUCUUCAGUAUUUUAUAGUUUUCAGCAUAUAGGUCUUUCACCUUGGUUAAGUUUAUUCCUAGAUAUUUUAUUCUUUUUGAUGUGAUUUUAAAUGGGAUUGUUUUUUUCACUUUCUUUUUUUGAUAUUUCAUUAUUAGUGUAUAGAAAUAUUUUGCAUUUUGUGUAUAUUAAUCUCGUAUCCUGCAACCUUGCUGAAUUCAUUUAUUAGUUUUAAUAGUUUUGGGGUGGAGACUCUAGGGUUCCCUGUAUAGAAUAUCAUGUCAUGGGCAAAUAUUACAGUUUCACCUCUUCUCUUCUAAUUUGGAUACCUUUUAUUUUUCUUGUCUGAUUGCUGUGUCUGGGACUUCCAAAACUAUGAGAGUAGACAUCCUUGUCUUGUUCCUGAAUUUAGUAGGAAGCUUUCAGCUUUCCACCAUUGGGUAUUGUGUUGGCUGUGGGUUUGUAGUAAAUGGCCUUUAUUAUGUUGAGAUAUGUUCCCUUCUCUAUCCACUUUGAUGAGAGUUUUGGUUUUUUUGUGGGGUUUUUUCCCCUCAGCAAACAAAAGAUCCUUUACUGAAUCCUGAGUGUGAAAAUCUACCAUUUAGUUCAUUCGCCCUUCUCCCUGUGAGAUUCAAUAAUCCCUUGAUUUGCAUGGAACAUUGGUGUGUCUGCUUGUUCUUGCUGUUGUGUCCAUUUUGUUGUUCUGAUGAGAGUUUUAUCAUGAAUGGAUGUUGAAUUUUGUCAGAUGCUUUUUGUGCAUCUAUUGAGAUGAUCACGUGGUUUUUGUCUUUCCUUUUGUUAAUGUGGUGUAUCACGUUGAUUGAUUUGUGUGUGUUGAACCAUCCUUGUGACCCCAGAAUAAAUUCAACUUGAUCAUGCUAUAUGAUCCUUUUAAUGCAUUGUUGGAUUCAGUUUGCUAAUAUUCUUUUUUUUUUUAACAUCUCUAUUGGAGUAUAAUUGCUUUACAAUGGUGUGUUAGUUUCUGCUUUAUAACGAAGUGAAUCAGUUAUACAUAUACAUAUUUCCCCAUAUCUCUUCCCUCUUCAUCUCCCUCCCUCCCACCCUCCCUAUCCCACCCCUCUACGUGGUCACAAAGCACUGAGCUGAUCUCCCUGUGCUAUGCGGCUGCUUCCCACUAGCUAUCUAUUUUACGUUUGGUAGUGUAUAUAUGUCCAUGCCACUCUCUCACUUUGUCCCAGCUUACCCUUCCCCCUCCCCGUAUCCUCAAGUCCAUUCUCUAGUAGGUCUGCAUUUUUAUUCCCGUGUUGCCCCUAGGUUCUUCAUGACCAAUUUUUUUUUUUUUUUUUUUUUUUUAGAUUCCAUAUAUAUGUGUUACCAUACGGCAUUUGUUUUUCUCUUUCUGACUUACUUCACUCUGUAUGACAGUCUCUAGGUCCAUCCACUUCACUACAAAUAACUCAGUUUCGUUCCUUUUUAUGGCUGAGUAAUAUUCCACUGUAUAUAUGUGCCACAUCUUCUUUAUUCAUUCAUCUGUUGAUGGACACUUAGGUUGCUUCCAUGUCCUGGCUAUUGUAAAGAGAGCUGCAGUGAACAUUUUGGUACAUGACUCUUUUUGAAUUAUGGUUUUCUCAGGGUAUAUGCCCAGUAGUGGGAUUGCUGGGUCAUAUGGUAGUUCUAUUUUUAGUUUUUUAAGGAACCUCCAUACUCUUCUCCAUAGUGGCUGUAUCAAUUUACAUUCCCACCAACAGUGCAAGAGGGUUCCCUUUUCUCCACACCCUCUCCAGCAUUUGUUGUUUGCAGAUUUUUUGAUGAUGGCCAUUCUGACCGGUGUGAGAUGAUACCUCAUUGUAGUUUUGAGUUGCAUUUCUCUAAUGAUUAAUGAUGUUGAGCAUUCUUUCAUGUGUUUGUUGGCAAUCUGUGUUAUCUUCUUUGGAGAAAUGUCUAUUUAGGUCUUCUGCCCAUUUUUGGACUGGGUUGUUUGUUUUUUUGAUAUUGAGCUGCAUGAGCUGCUUGUAAAUUUUGGAGAUUAAUCCUUUGUCAGUUGCUUCAUUUGCAAAUAUUUUCUCCCAUUCUGAGGGUUGUCUUUUCGUCUUGUUUAUGGUUUCCUUUGCUGUGCAAAAGCCUUGAAGUUUCAUUAGGUCCCAUUUGUUUAUUUGUGUUUUUAUUUCCAUUUCUCUAGGAGGUGGGUCAAAAAGGAUCUUGCUGUGAUUUAUGUCAUAGAGUGUUCUUCCUAUGUUUUCCUCUAAGAGUUUUAUAGUGUCUGGCCUUACAUUUAGGUCUUUAAUCCAUUUUGACUUUAUUUUGGUGUAUGGUGUUAGGGAGUGUUCUAAUUUCAUUCUUUUACAUGUAGCUGUCCAGUUUUCCCAGCAUAAGUUAUUGAAGAGGCUGUCUUUUCUCCACUGUAUAUUCUUGCCUCCUUUAUCAAAGAUAAGGUGACCAUAUGUGCAUGGGUUUAUCUCUGGGCUUUCUAUCCUGUUCCACUGAAGUUUGCUAAUAUUCUGCUGAGGAUUUUUGCAUCUGUAUUCAUCAAAGAUACUGGCUUCUGAUUUUCUUUUUUUGUAGUGUCUUUGUCUGGUUUUGGUGUCAGGGUAAUUGUGGCCUCGUAGAAUGAAUUUGGGAGUGUUCCUUUCUCUUCAAUUUUUUGGAAUAGUUUGAGAAGGAUAGGUAUAAGUUCUUCUUUAUAUGCUUGGUAGAAUUCCCCAGUGAAGCCGUCUGGUCCUGGACUUUUAUUUGCAGGGAGUUUUUAUCAUUACAGAUUCUAUUUCACUUCUAGUGAUUGGUCUGUUCAAAUUGUUUGUUUUUUCUUGACUCAGUCUUGGCAGGCUGAAUAUUUCUAGAAAUUUGUCCAUUUCUUCUGGGCUGUCCAAUUUGUUGCCAUAUAACAUUACUUGUCAUUUUUCCCCAUUCUCUUCAACUUACGUUUUGUCCCUUAACUAAUUCAUAUCUCCAACCACUUAAUGUUUACAAUGCAUGUUGGAACUGAAUGUCUUACUAGACAGCUUAUUAGGUAUAGGUAAACGUUUAACAUAGCACUGUAGUUUGGGAGCAUGCAAUAUGGUUAUAGAUUAAUGUUAACAAAGCACUAAGAGCUAGGGCCUGGAUGGGGAAAUAAGACAGCACUCCCCUUGCCAUGGGCUAUUUGUCACACAGAAAUAGUGGCAACAUUUAUGGAGUGUUUACUGUGUGUCGGGUAUGUCAUUUAACCAUCAAAAGAACCUGUAAGGCAGGUACUGUAAUCAUCUUAAUUUUACAGAGGAGGGCCGUGAGACCCAGAGAGGUUACUUAAUGUGAGUUCUCACUGGCAGAACUAAGACUCAAAUCCAGACAGUGGGGCUCCAGAGCCGGCAAUCCUGACCCCAGCACUGUAAGGUCCUUGGGUUGCCAUCUGAAAACUGGGACCUCCCCGGAGCCACGGUGGGGCAAGUGGUCCUGUAUUAGCUGCCCGAAGCAGAUGGGAGUUGAGUGAGAGUAAGGUGCCCACCUGGACUGGCUCAUUUCUUCCCCAUUCUAGACAUCACCAAGUUUCCAGUUACUCUCUUAUCUUAAACUGGCAGUUUGUCCUCUCAUAAGGUAAAUUACUUAGUGAUUUGAGAACCCACUCCCCUUUUCUCUCACCCCUUUAUUCUGUUCCCAUCCAGGCACUGACCUCUCUCCCAUCUGCCUGAUGGUUUGGAAUUUUUGAGCCAGGUAUUCUUAGAGCUUUGCUGAAAUGACACAGGAGUGGUUUGGGGCUUCAGAAGUAGCUUUGUCUUGUCCCACUGCACCCAAGGAGAGAAAAAUUUCUGAAGGGAAAAUCAUCUUUUAUUUGCUUGCAGUCAGCUCUGUCACAGCAUGCCCCCAUCUUCACAGAAUAACGUUAAUUUUAGGGUCCAGCCUUUCACAAUGAAGAUGAGAAAACUAAGACCCAGAGAUCUCCCAAAGGUAAUUUCUUCCUCUGUUCCUGCACUGUGUAGUAUGGUAGCCACAAGCCACAGAUGGCUGUUUAAAUUUAAAUAACAUGAGAGGGACUUCCCUGUUGGUGCAGUGGUUAAGAAUCCACCUGCCAAUGCAGGGGACAGGGGUUCAAGCCCUUGUCCAGGAAGAUCCCACAUGCCGCAAAGCAACUAACCCCGUGCACCAGGACUACUGAGCCUGUGCUCUAGAGCCCGCGAGCCACAACUACUGAGCCCGCAUGCCACAACUACUGAGCCCACAAGCCACAACUACUGAGCCCGCAUGCCUAGAGCCCGUGCUCUGCAACAAGAGAAGCCACCGCAACCAGAAGCCCGCACACCACAAUGAAAAGUAGUCCCCACUUGCCACAACUAGAGAAAGCCGGCGCACAGCAACAAAGACCCAGCGCAGCCAAAAAUUAAUUAGUUAAAAAAAUAAAAUAAAUAACAUGAGAAAUCUAAUUCCUCAGAUGCACUAGCCACCUUGUAAGCACCUAAUAAGCCACCUGUGGCUAAUGGCCACCUCACCUGACAGCACUGCUCUACGAAGCUGUUGCCUCAGGAUACUGAGCAGUGGGUGUGUCUGCUGGCCCUUCCCAGCUCCCGUGGCACUGGUCUUCAGAGUCCCUGCAACCUCCAAGUUUUCUCUGCAGGGUUGCCAGACCUUCUGCGUUAUCUCCAGAGUGGCACUCACGACUAACAGAGCAGCAGGAGUUUGAAGGCGCUGGAUUUCUGUGUAUCUGGGAAUAGCUAGCGAUCCUAAAUGGAACUGCAGCCACAC